CAGAGUUUUUUGUUAGCAAUGUCUUUGGCACGCUUAGCUUUGAAAUCAAAUCCAAGUGUGAGGCAUCUGAAUAAUAAUAAUAUACAGAAACAGAGAUGGUGCUCUGAACUUGUACGGCGUUUUUCUACAGAAUCGGAUAAACAACAAGUAGCUGAUUUAGCUGGGAAUGGAAAAUCGGAGAAACAACAAGUAGCUGUUUCCGAUAGUGCCAAAAAAUCAAAGCUAUUUCCAAGAAGACGCCGCCGGGGUAAUCUUUGGAGACGCAGUGAACCAGACUUUGCACCUGCUCUUUUCGAAAACUUACCAACAGGACUUGGAAAUGCAUUAUUGCAAGCCACGGAGAAUAUCAACAAGAUAUUUGAUAACUUUAACUUGAAUCCCUCUCAAUUACUGGGAAGGUAUAAGGAGGACGAUAAGAAUUACAAAAUUCGUUACGAUGUGCCAGGACUAGGCAAGAACGACGUGAAGAUUAUGGUUGAGGAUGGAAUUUUGACAAUAAAGGGUGAACACAAAGAAGAGAAGGAAGAAGAAGGAUCAGAUGAUGAGUUUUGGUCAUCAAAAAGUUAUGGAUACUACAAUAAUAGUAUUGUGUUGCCUGAAGAUGCAAAGGUUGAUGAGAUUAAAGCUGAGAUGAAAGAUGGUGUUUUGACAAUUACUAUUCCUAAAAGUGAGAAACCAAAGAAAGAUGUUAAGGAAAUUGAAGUUAUGUGAGGGUUUUCUUUGGUUCAAAAGUGUUUUUUGAGUAUUAUCUUUCACAUGUUAUGGGUGUUUUUAUAAUAAUUGAAGUUUUCUUGAGUU